CGUUGCUAGGAAAUGUUUGUUAUUGUCGAGUUAUAGGUUUUCGGGGGUGUUUAUUUUUUUUUUUGUAAUUUAAACAUUUUCGGCUUUGGUUUCGUUUGAUAUUGGGGUUAGUCAAUAUGCGCGAAGUAAUUUCUGUACACACUGGACAAGCUGGGAUACAAAUUGGAAAUGCCUGUUGGGAACUUUAUUGUUUGGAACAUGGGAUCCAACCCGAUGGUCAAAUGCCCUCUGACAAGUGCGCUGGAGGAGGCGAUGACAGUUUCACCACGUUCUUUAGUGAAACAGGAGCUGGCAAAUACGUCCCAAGGGCUGUAUUUCUAGACCUGGAGCCUACAGUUAUUGAUGAAGUAAGAACUGGAACGUACAGACAGUUGUUUCACCCGGAUCAGUUGUUAUCCGGCAAAGAAGACGCCGCAAAUAAUUAUGCACGAGGACAUUAUACUAUUGGGAAAGAAAUUGUCGAUUUGGUACUAGACAGAAUUCGUAAAGGAGCAGAUCAAUGUUGCGGUCUUCAGGGAUUUUUGAUAUUUCAUUCGUUCGGAGGUGGUACAGGUUCGGGAUUUACCUCUUUAUUAAUGGAAAGAUUGUCGGUUGACUAUGGAAAAAAAUCCAAGUUAGAAUUCGUUGUUUAUCCUGCUCCACAAAUAUCGACCGCUAUGGUAGAACCGUACAACGCAGUGUUGACGACUCACACCACGCUUGAACAUUCCGACGCUGCCUUCAUGGUUGACAACGAAGCUAUCUACGACAUAUGUCGGAGAAAUUUAGACAUCGAACGACCGACGUACACAAAUCUGAAUAGGCUAAUCGGUCAGGUUGUGUCGUCGGUAACAGCGUCUCUGCGGUUCGACGGGGCACUUAAUGUAGAUUUAUUAGGAUUCCAAACAAAUCUGGUCCCAUAUCCUCGCAUUCAUUUUCCAUUGGUCACAUACGCGCCCAUUAUCUCAGCGGAAAAAGCCUAUCACGAACAAUUAUCGGUCUCUCAAAUUACGAAUGCCUGUUUCGAACCUGCAAAUCAGAUGGUUAAAUGCGACCCUCGACACGGAAAAUAUAUGUCAUGUUGUAUGCUGUACCGUGGGGAUGUUGUUCCUAAAGACGUAAGUGCAGCAAUAGGAGCCAUCAAAUCAAAACGUACUAUUCAAUUUGUGGAUUGGUGUCCAACUGGGUUCAAAUUGGGUAUCAACUAUCAGCCUCCGACUGUAGUUCCUGGAGGCGACUUAGCCAAAGUACAGAGAGCCGUGUGCAUGAUGUCUAACACCACUGCUAUUGCCGAGGCUUGGGCUCGCUUGGAUCACAAAUUUGAUUUGAUGUACGCCAAAAGGGCUUUCGUUCAUUGGUAUGUCGGCGAAGGGAUGGAAGAGGGCGAAUUUUCGGAAGCUCGAGAAGACAUGGCAGCUCUCGAAAAGGAUUUUGAAGAAGUUGGGAUGGAUUCGGCAGAAGGGGAAGGGGAGGGUGGUGAAGAGUAAAAAUUAAGAUAAAUCAUUUCAGCAGGGUGUCUAAGCUUGUUUUAGUUUAUUUGUUAAAACCAAUGUCUGGAGGAAAUCUGGAUAUUUUAGGUGCGGGUUUAAACAAAAUUUGGACUUCGUUAAAACAUUAGGUACCAGGGAGAGGUGGAGUUAAUGUAAAGGUUGUCACAAUAUUAUUAGUAUUAGAAAUAAAAACGUAUUGCCUAUUUUGUUGUGACUGA